CACCUGUUGGCUCCUACUUAAACCCCGGGGCGAGUUUUUCGGCUCUCUUGGUCCGUUAUAUUCUCUGUCGGUACGGGCUGUACGCGUAUACAGCUUACCAACACGGGAAUAUGGAGAAAGUCAGGCGGUUUCUAUCAUCGGUACUGGUGGUUCUUUUGUUGUGGAGCGUCGGGUCGUCAGGACAAGACAUCUGUAGUACGCCAGAGUUCACGGCACCUUCAGGGAACAUCACUUCACCGAACUAUCCAGCUGACUACAACGACCGGCUAGACUGUACCGCCCUCAUCAGAGUACCCGGAGCAUCAGGGUACCGGUUAUUCUUCGAAGAUUUUGAAGUAGAAGACCAGGACGGCAGCUCGUGCAAGGAUGUGUUGGAGGUGGGCGCGAGCGACACCUAUCCACUCAACCCGGUACUGACAAACCUGUGCGGUAACAUCACGGUGCCCAUUACCACGGUGUCCAGUCCCGUCGUCUGGCUCAACUUCUUCACCGACAGAAAUGUCGCCAGGAGAGGCUUCUUCCUCAGAUAUGAGACCAUUGUUCCGGCCACACCGGCGCCAGAAUGUACGCAGUUCGGCGGAGUGGACCUGGUGUUUUUGCUGGACGGAUCCGCCAGUGUCGGUACCGCAAACUUCGAGCUGGUCAAGGACUUCACCCAGCAAACUGCGGCAAAGUUCGACAUCUCGGAUGACAGAACAAGAGUUGCGGUGGCCCAGUACAGCAGUACACCCCAGGUGGAGUUUAAUCUGAACACAAACUCAGAUGUGGACACACUGUCAAAUGCCAUCGAGCAGAUCACCUACAUGAAUGGGGACUCCACCUUCACUGGCUUUGCCAUCGAGUUUGUUCGCCAGAGUGCCUUCUCGAGCUUUAACGGUGCCCGCGACGACAAGCCUGACAUCAUGGUUGUUGUAACUGACGGUCAGUCCACAGAUUCUGUGACCUCAUCUGCCGCCACUGCAAGGGAGCAGGGUGUGACGAUAUUUGCAGUGGGAGUGGGGACCAGUAUAGGCCUGGCUGAGCUGGAGGAGAUUGCUGGGUAUACUGACAGGGUGUUACAGCUCAAUGACUUCGUCCAACUGGCCCAGUCAGCUGAUACCAUCCAGUCCACCAUCUGUGGAUUGGCAUAUUGUGGGGAUCCCGGAGCUCCAGUAAAUGGUUACCGUCGAGGAUCAUUCUUCGAGGGAACUACCAUCACCUUCGGAUGUAAUGAUGGUUUUCUCCUGGUGGGCUCUACCAAUGCCACCUGUAGGGGGGACGGCACAUGGACAGAUCCAGUCCCUACCUGUAUAACUCCCUGUAACCCAAACCCCUGCUUGAAUAAUGGUGUGUGCCUGGCAGCUGGGAACUCCUACACCUGUGCCUGCACAAGUAACUACCAAGGGAACAACUGCCAGUAUUAUACCCCCUGCCUGGUUCGUAAUCCUGAGUUUGACCUUAUCUUCCUGUUGGAUGAGUCUGGCAGCAUUGGCGUCGAGAACUUCAAAUUCGUCAAGGACUUCACUGAACGUAUGGCCAACAACUUUGACAUCUCUCCUAAUGGCACCAGGGUGGGCGUGGUGCAGUACAGUAACUUCCCAGGCACAGAAUUCAGUCUCAACACCUUCACAGACAAGGUGGACGUGCUCGACGCAAUCAGUAAGAUCAGCUACAAUGGCGGAUCAACCUUCACCGGCGCUGCCAUUGACUUUGUACGGACCAACGAGUUCACAUUGGUGAACGGAGACCGCGCCACUGUACCAAACAUCCUGAUCGUGCUGACAGACGGAAACCCCAAUGAUGACGUGAGCGGACCAGCCAUCGCCGCAAACAACGCGGGAAUCACGACGUACGCCGUCGGUAUCGGAAGCAACGUGGAUCAGAGCAGCCUGGUACAGAUGACGGCCGGGAGGGCGGGGCGAGUGUUGCAGGCUGCGAACUUCACGGACCUGACAACAGUCAUCGAGACUCUGCAAGAGAAUGUGUGUGACGCUGUGUACUGUGGUGACCCUGGCACACCCAUCAAUGGUUUCCAAGUUGGUACUUACUUCGAGAAUGACCUGGUGACCUGGGGGUGUAACCAAGGCUUCCAGCUUGUCGGUGCAGUGAGCUCCGUGUGUCAGGGGAACGGUGCCUGGACCAAUGCUAUCCCGACAUGUGUGGCUUUAACAACUCCUGCCCCUACUCCUGCUCCAGUCUGUGCCAACCUGGCCUACCCGGGUGCCGAUCUGGUCUUCCUCCUGGACGGCUCCACAAGCAUCGGUACUGACAACUUCCAACUGGUCAAGGCCUUCACUAAGGAAGUCAUCCGUAAUUUCGCCAUCUCGCCAACCGAGACGAGGGUGGGGUUACUGCAGUACAGCGACACGACAGACAACGAGUUCUUCCUGAACGAGUUUGACACCAGGGAUGAGCUGAACACUGCAGUAGACAACAUUGUGUACAAGACAGGUGGAACCUUCACUGGAUUUGCAGUGGAGUUUACCCGACAGAUCGCCUUCCGAACCUCCGCGGGGACGCGUGACAACUACCCCGACAUCCUGAUCGUCGUAACCGACGGCAACUCGCAGGACGUUGUGACGAGCGCCGUGGCCUCUGCCAUCGACCAGGGCAUUCUGAUCUACGCGGUCGGUGUGGGAAAUGGCGUCGAUUUCUCAACGUUGUUGGAGCUGACGGGAGGCGUGAACUCUCGCGUACUGCAAGCGUCGGACUUCACCGGACUGGCUACUGCUGCGCAAACUUUACCCACAGUUCUCUGUGCUGCUGCCUACUGUGGAGACCCUGGCACCGCCACCAACGGCUACAGACGUGGUACGUUCUUUGUGGACAGCGUGGUGACGUUUGGCUGCAAUGAUGGAUACUUCCUCCAGGGGGCCUCGAAUACCAGCUGCCUUGGCACGGGCCAGUGGAGCGACCCUGUGCCUGUCUGUGUUGAUCGGUGUGACCCCAACCCCUGCUACCAUGGUGCAGCAUGUUCUGUCCAGGGGGCAUCUUUCAUCUGUGCCUGCCCACCCAACUAUGAGGGAGACCUCUGCCAAUACUACACUCCCUGUUUGAACCGCUCGGUGGAGUUUGACCUGGUGUUCCUGGUGGACAAGUCUUCCUCUGUCGGCCCUGCCAACUUCCAACUGGUGAAGGAGUUCAUGUACGACUUUACCAACACCUUCAGCGUCGGGCUGGCGGACACCAGGGUUGGAUCGGUGCAGUUCGCUGACACCCAGACCAAGGACUUCGACAUGGACUCCUUCUCUACCAAGGAACAGACCUUGGCUGGGAUACAGAAUAUUGUCUACACUGACAGUCAAGUGGGUGGUGUAGUUACUGGAGCAGCCAUUGACUACGUCCGGCAGAACUCGUACACGCGGGCUAACGGAGACCGUACCAGCGUGCCGGACCUGCUGGUGGUCGUUACAUCGUCUGCCUCUACAGACGACGUGGCCGCCGCUCAAGUCACGGCUGAAAAAGAAGGAAUCACCAUCUACACAGUGGGAGUGACAAACAGCGUGAGUUUUGCUGAGCUGACGUCUACGGCAGGGUCGUUAUCACGCGUGCUGCGGGUUUCCGACUUCAGUGAACUGAACACGGUCAGACAACCUCUUCACGAGACCAUCUGUCAAGCUGCCUUCUGUGGUGACCCUGGAACCCCAGCUAACGGUUUCCAGCAGGGAACGUACUUUGAAGGAAAUACUUGCACCUUCGGCUGUAACUUUGGCUUUGUGCUCUCUGGGAUCGACAACACCCAAUGUCAGGCUGACGGGUCCUGGAGCAACCCUGUGCCUGUUUGUGUCGCCGUCACCACCCCAGCGCCCACCCAGGCCCCGGCCUGUAACAACUUCCCGCUCUUCAACGGUACUGACCUCGUGUUCCUGUUGGACGGCUCCGGUAGCGUGGGUUCUGCCAACUUUGACCUGGUCAAAACCUUCGCCAAGAAUGUCGUACAAAACUUUGACAUCUCGCCGACUGCCACGAGGGUGGCUGUGGUUCAGUACAGUGACCAGCUCCAAACUGAGUUUGCUCUGAACGCGUUCUCCUCCAAAAACGAGGUCUAUGAUGCCAUUGACAACAUCAGCUACUUAACUGGCGGGACCUUUACUGGUUUUGCUAUCGACUUCGUCAUGCAGAGUGUCUUCACGACCCUCUCAGGGGAACGUGACGGUUACCCUGACCUCCUCGUGGUGGUGACCGACGGGUUGUCCAGCGAUGCCGUCUCUGGUCCUGCGUCCACCGCCAGGUCCCAGGGAGUCACGAUUUACGCCGUCGGUGUUGGUAAUGAUGUUGACUUCAAUACUCUCGAACAGAUUGCAGGGCUGACGUCAAGAGUGAGUCAAGUCAGUGACUUCUCCAGCCUGGUGACUCUCUCACAGACUUUGCCUCAGGAUAUAUGCACAGCUUGCUACUGCGGGAAUCCUGGAGCACCAGUCAACGGAUACACACGUGGAGGGUUCUUUGGAGGCAGCACAGUUACGUUUGGCUGCAAUGACGGGUUCUUGCUGCAGGGUGACACCUUUGCAGUCUGUCAGGCUGACUGCACCUGGUCUGCAGUGCCCCCUGUUUGUAUUGAUGUUUGUGACCCCAACCCUUGCUUUAACGGUGGCACCUGCCAGGCUGUGGCCUUCACUAGCAGCUGCACCUGUCCACCCAUGUAUGAGGGAGACCUUUGUCAGAGAUAUUCGCCGUGCUACAACAGAAACAUCGAGCUGGACCUGGUGUUCCUGUUGGACGGAUCGGGAAGCGUGACCUCCGCCAACUUUGACAUCGUGAAGGAGUUCACUCGUCGCCUCGCCAACAACUUUGACGUCAGUCUGGCGGACACCCGGGUGGGAGUCGUCCAGUACAGUGACUUUCCUACCACUGAGUUUAACCUGAACUCCUUCAACACUAACGAGCUGGUGGACUUAGCUAUCAGAAAUAUCCAAUACCAGGAGGGUGGAACAGACACUGGUGAAGCUAUCGACUUUGUUCGUGUGAACAGCUUCAGCGCAAACAACGGAGACCGCAGCGACGUUCCUAACGUCAUGAUUGUGGUGACAGAUGGACAGUCAAGCGAUGAUGUAACAGUCCCCGCCCAAACUGCCCGCAACGCAGGCAUCACCAUGUACGCUGUCGGGAUCGGUAACGGUGUGGAUGCCAACGAACUGCUGCAGAUUGCAGGACAGGCAAACAGAGUGGUCCAGAGUGCAGAUUUCUCCACGUUAUUCAGUGUUGGGGAAGAUUUGCAGGAGCUUGUGUGUGACGCUGGAUGGUGUGGAGACCCUGGUGCACCAGUGAACGGCUUCAGGCUGGGUUCAUUCUUCGAGGGCCAUGUGGUGACGUUUGGCUGCAAUGCUGGGUUUAUCCUGAACGGAGCCUCCUCAACAAUCUGCCAGGGGAACGGGAACUGGAGUAAUGCUGUCCCUGUCUGUAUUGCCAUCACAACCCCUGCCCCCACCCGCGCCCCUGUCUGUACUGACCUCUCCUUCGGUGGACUGGACCUGGUCUUCCUGCUGGAUGGGUCGGGAAGUGUGACCGAGGCCAACUUCGACCUGGUCAAGGACUUCACCAGCGGAGUGGUCAGCGAGUUCAAAAUCUCAAUCAAUGAAACCAGGGUUGGAGUUGUACAAUUCAGUGACACUUUACGCACAGAAUUCUUCCUGUCUUCCUUUUCCACCAAGCAACAAGUCCUGCAAGCCAUCUCAGAUAUCGACUACCUCCAAGGCAACACCCUGACCGGCGCUGCCAUCACUUUCACCACGGCCAGUUCCUUCUCUACACCCGCCGGAAACCGCGCCAACUUCCCCGAUUUCAUGAUCGUGGUCACGGACGGUUUAUCGCAGGAUUCCGUCGUCCAGCCGGCUCAGAGCGCUCGAGAUCAGGGAAUCACCGUUUUCGCAGUCGGUGUUGGAAACGAGGUUGAUUUUGCCACGUUGCUUCAGAUCACCGGGGUGCCAGAGUAUAUACUUCAGGUUACGGACUUCUCGGAUCUGCUGUCUGCUCAGCUGCAAGUGGCAGAGAUCGCCUGCAACUUAAAAGACUGCACACUACUCGUGUUUUGCAUAGUGUCGUACUGUGGGGACCCAGGCACCCCCAUUAAUGGUUUCCACCGAGGCAGCUACUUUGAAGGGAGUGUUGUGACCUACGGCUGCAAUGAUGGCUUCAUCCUCCAGGGGGCGUCUUCCACCACCUGUCUGGGUAACGGACAAUGGAGCGACCCAGUUCCUGUCUGUCUUUUCCCAACCACCACCCCAGCCCCAACCACUCCAAUGCCAGAUCCAGUUUGUGAUCACUUCACCCCCGUGGAUAUGAUAUUCCUACUUGAUGGAUCCAGCAGUGUAACAGAGCCUAACUUUGAGCUGGUGAAACAGUUCACCAGGAACGUGGUCGUCAACUUCAACAUCUCGUCUGAAACCACCCGUGUGGGUCUGGUGCAGUACAGCGACACCAUCCGUACUGAGUUCUUCUUGAACAGCCACCCAACACGGGACCAGCUUCUCACGGCCAUCUCUGAUGUGGAUUACCUGCAAGGGAACACCCUGACCGGUGCAGCCAUCGAGUUUGUCCGCACCAGUUCCUUCUCCGUCCCGGCCGGAAACCGCUUGACCCUCCCUGACGUCCUGAUCGUGGUGACCGACGGGCUGUCCCAGGACGAUGUGACCGGUCCUGCACAGAUCGCCAGGGACAAUGGCGUCGCUAUCUAUGCAGUUGGCGUUGGGAAUGAGGUAGACUUUGCCACCCUGUUUAACAUCGCUGGAGUCCAGUCCAGGAUCCUACAGAUCAAUGACUUUGGCUCACUGUUGAACGCGGUGGAACAACUAACGGAAAUUGUCUGCAACAUUUCCUACUGUGGUGACCCUGGUGCACCUCUGAACGGCUUCCGUAAUGGGAACUUCUUCGAGGGCAGUCUGGUCACCUGGGGCUGCAAUUCCGGCUACUACCUCAUGGGGGCGCCGAAUGCAACAUGUUUGGGCAACGGGCAGUGGAGCAAUCCUGUUCCUAUGUGCAUGGAGAUAAUCACAACACCAGCACCAACUGAAGUAUGUGAGAGCUUCAUCCCAGUGGACAUGGUGUUCCUGCUGGACGGCUCCGGUAGCGUCACGGAGGCCAACUUUGAACUGGUGAAGGAUUUCACUCAGGACGUCAUCCGGAACUUCAAUGUCUCGAUCUCCGCCACGAGAGUCGGUAUGGUUCAGUUCAGCGACACCGUCCGCACCGAGUUCUUCCUCAACACCUUCCGAACGAAGAAUGAGGUACUACAAGCGGUUGACGGUCUGGGAUAUCUCCAAGGGAACACGCUUACUGGGGCAGCGAUCGACUUCGUCAGGACGAGCACCUUUUCUGCGCCCGCGGGUAACCGGCCGGACCAGCCUGACUUCCUCGUGGUGAUCACGGACGGACUUUCGCAGGACAACGUCGCAAUCCCCGCACAGACGGCACGCGAGAACGGCAUCUCUAUCUUCGCGGUGGGAAUCGGAAGUGAGGUUGACACUGACACUCUGCUGCAGAUUGCGGGAACUCCCGCCCGAAUCUUGCAGAUCAACGACUUUGCUGGGCUGGCCAAUGCUGAGGAGCAACUAACAGAUAUUGUCUGCAACAUCUCUUUCUGUGGUGACCCUGGUACUCCUGUCAACGGUUUCCGACGUGGAGAGUUCUUCACCGGUAGUACCGUCACGUUUGGGUGCAAUGCCGGCUUCAUCCUCCAGGGGGACACUGACACCAUAUGUCAGGAGAAUGGGCAGUGGACCAACCCUGUCCCUGUGUGUGUAGAGAUGACAACAACCCCAGUUCCUAGUACAGUGCCUGCUACAACAACUCCACUAACAACCCAAGCCGUGACUACCGUGGCGCCCACCCCGCCCGCCCCCACCCCCGCGCCAGUCUGCAGCACCAUAACCCCAAUCGAUCUGGUCUUCCUCAUGGAUGGCUCCAGUAGUAUCACAUCACCCAACUUCCAGAUCGUCAAAGACUUCACGGCCGAUGUGGUCCGAACCUUUAACGUGUCAUCUGCCGCCACCAAUGUCGGUCUGGUCCAGUACAGCGACACUAUCCGGACUGAGUUCUUCCUGAACAGCUAUGACACCAAGUCCGAAGUCCUGAACGCGAUUGGAAACAUCGGUUAUCUCCAGGGCAACACCCGCACCGGCGCUGCCAUCGACUUUGUCCGAAUCAGCUCGUUCUCCGUCCCAGCUGGAAACCGAGCUGGUCAACCGGACUACCUGAUUGUCGUUACGGACGGUUUGUCUCAGGACGAAGUUCUCGGUCCGGCGCAGACGGCACGAUUUGAGGGAAUCAAUAUUUACGCUGUGGGCAUCGGGAACGAAAUUGACUUUACCACGCUGCUGCACAUUGCCGGGUCUCCCAACCGAAUUCUGCAGAUCGUUGACUUUGAUGGGCUGGCUAAUGCAACAGGGCAGCUGACUGACAUUGUUUGCAACUUGACAUGCUGUGGUGACCCUGGUGCACCUGAGAACGGCUUCCGUCGUGGCAGCUUCUGUCUGGGAGACACGGUGGAGUUUGGCUGCAAUGAUGGUUACAUCCUCCAGGGGGCGUCAUCAGCCAGCUGUCAGAGUGAUGGCCAAUGGGACGAUGUCCUGCCCAUCUGUAUUGAGAUGACAACAACCCCAGUCCCUACUCUGCCAGCUACAACAACCCCUUUAACAACCCAAGAGACGACAACAAUUCAAGUCCCUACUCUGCCUGCUACCACAACCCCACUAACAACCCAAGAGAUGACAACAACCCAUGUUGCAACCCUGCCUGCUACAAUUCCACUAACAACCCAAGCCAUCACUACCCCUGCAGUAUUAACCACUGUAGCAGAGACAACAGUAUUGGUGUCUACCAGUCCCUUCCCAUCAACUACAGCAAGCAGCACAACAACGGCAACAACUAUAGACCCAUUGUGCUCAGGUUUUGCCUUGGACUUGGUCUUCCUUGUGGACGGCUCCAGCAGUGUCGGUAGCGACAACUUUGAAACCAUCAAGGUGUUCCUGGAGGCCAUCGCCUCAGGAUUCGAGGUGUCGUCCACCCAGACCAGAGUGGGCGUGGUCCAGUACAGCACCGGUAUCAACACGGAGUUCGACCUGAACAGCUUCGCGACUGAGGCCGAGGUCAUCAACGCAAUCCGCGGUCUCAGUCACCAGCGAGGGUCGACAUUCACCGGGGCAGGCAUCACCUUUACCAGGCUGGAAUCUUUCACAGGUGCCAGUGGUGACCGCCCUGAGGCGCCCAAUGUUCUGAUCGUCAUCACCGAUGGGAUAUCAGCUGAUUCAGUGGACGCCCCGGCCGAGGCGGCCCGCGCUGACAACAUCACCACCUACUCCAUCGGCAUCGGGGACGAAAUCAACUACCUGACACUUCUCUCCAUCGCCGGCGUACGGGAACGGGUUCUGAACGUCACCACGUUUGGCGAACUGAACGACCUGGACGAGGUUUUGCUGCAGAUCCUCUGUGAACGACCAACAACCACACCAGAACCCACAACCACACCGCUGCCAACAACAGAAGUUAUCACCACGGAAGAACCUACAACUAUUCUUCUUACUACAGUUUUGCCAUGUGAGCGUCUGGAGGUGGAUGUUGUGUUCCUGAUCGAUGGCUCCAGCAGUAUCUCUCUCCCCAACUUUGACCUCCUCAAGACCUUCCUCCAGAACAUCACCGGGAAGUUUGACGUGUCAUCGGACAUCACUAGGAUCGGCGUCGUACAGUACAGCACAGAAGUCAACACCGAAUUUGAACUGAUAACCUACACAAAUGAGUCUGAGGUCAUCAAUGCCAUUGGCAACAUCACGCGCCAGCGGGGGUCCACUUUCAUUGGUGCUGGAAUCAACUUUGUCAGGACAAAUUCCUUUACAGUUUCUGCGGGUGACCGUCCUCUUGCACCCAACAUCCUGGUCACCGUAACAGACGGGAUCUCCGCGGACGAUGUUGCCGGCCCUGCCCAGGCCGCUCGUGACCAGGGCAUCCUGACGUACUCCAUCGGGAUCGGAGAGGAGAUCCAGUGGCCCACACUGCUGUCCAUCGCAGGGGCCAGGCACAGGGUCUUUAACGUUACCUCCUUCAGUGAUCUUCCUGGCAUUGAGGACAGCUUUACAGCUCUUUUGUGUGAAGUCCUGCCCACCACACCGUUCUUCCCCCUGUGUAACAACCUGCCGUACCCCGGGGCUGACCUGGUGUUCCUGCUGGACGGAUCUGCCAGCAUCACGUCACCAAACUUUGAACUGGUCAAGGACUUUGCCGAAAGGGUGUCCAGACAUUUCACUAUCUCUUCAAUGGCCACAAAUGUCGGAGCUGUCCAGUACAGUGACACCGUGCGUAGUGAGUUCUUCCUCAGCAGUUUUGACACCAGUUUUGAGGUGGUCACAGCCCUGGACAGCAUCAGCUACCUCCGAGGGGGGACCUUUACUGGCUUUGCCCUCGACUUUGUCCAGCAGAGCGCGUUCUCUCCGGUGGCGGGCGCGCGCGAUGGGUACCCAGACAUCCUCAUCGUGGUGACUGACGGGGUGUCCCAGGAUGACGUGGUUGCACCGGCAGAGUCAGCGAGGAAGGAGGGGAUCGCAGUUUUCGCUGUCGGCAUCGGGAGUGGUGUAGAUUACGCCACACUGCUGAAGAUUGCAGGGAUCGACGAUCGCAUUCUGCAGAUCAAUAAUUUCAACGACUUAGCUUUGGCUUCUCAAACUCUACCGGACUAUGUCUGCAACUUGGCGUGGUGUGGUGACCCUGGUACUCCUACAAACGGCUACACGAGGGGAAGCUUCCUUCAGGGCAGUGUUGUCCUGUUUGGCUGUGACGAUGGCUACGAUCUGAUUGGCUCAGGCAACAGCACAUGUCUGGCUAAUGGGCAAUGGAGCGACCCACUGCCAACCUGUAGAGCAAUAGUUACAACUCCACUUCCAGACUGUUGUGAUAUCACAGUGUGCUACAAUGGAGGUAUCUGUGACAACAGUAAUGGUGUGUGCAGCUGUGUGUGUCCUGCUGGCUACCAGGGACCACAGUGCCAGUAUUACGCAAGUUGUCAGGGCCGUGAUGUUCCUUUGGACAUUGUGUUCCUGUUGGACGGGUCCGGCAGUGUUGGGGUCGACAACUUUGACCUCAUGAAGGAUUUCACCAGGACGCUCGCCCGUAACUUUGACAUCGCUGCCAACAUGACUCAGGUCGGAGUGGUGCAGUACAGCAGUAGUGUCAACAGGGAGUUUGGCCUGGGGGACUUCCACACCAGGCCAGAUGUUCUGAAUGCUAUCAGCGCCAUCAGCUAUCAGCGAGGUAGCACCCUCACCGGAGCCGCCAUCGACUUUGUUCGACAGACAUCCUUCAGCCCAGGUGACGGCGACCGACCAGACAUCCCGAAUAUGCUAAUUGUCCUCACUGAUGGGGUUUCCAGUGACAACGUGCAAGGGCCAGCAGAUGCAGCCAGGAGGGAGGGCAUCACGACGUUUGGCGUGGGAAUAGGGAGCGGAAUCGACUUCGCAACCCUGUUAGAGAUUGCUGGAAACUCUGACCGGAUUUUGCAGGCUGCUGACUUUGGUGCACUUGCUGACGUUGCUCAGACAUUACAGGAAGUUGUUUGUGACUUGCAAUACUGUGGUGACCCUGGUGCUCCUGUGAAUGGAUGGAGAUAUGGAAACUUCUUUGAAGGUGGUAACGUGGAAUGGGGCUGUAACGCAGGGUACUACCUGUCUGGGAGUGUUGGUGCCACCUGUGUCAAUGGCACCUGGGACAACAGUGUACCUAUGUGCAUAGAGAUCACAACUACCCCACCCCCAACCACCCCUCGUGCCCCUGUGUGUGCCAACUUCCCAUAUGGCGGGCUUGACUUGGUCUUCCUUCUUGACGGCUCUGGGAGUGUUGGGACCACCAACUUUGAGCUGGUGAAGGACUUCACCGCCGAGGUCGUCCUCAACUUCAACAUUUCUUCUGACACCACCAACGUGGGCGUUGUGCAGUACAGUGACACCGUACGCAACGAGUUCUUCCUCAGCAGCUACGACACAAAACUCCCGCUCAUCGAUGCGAUCAACCAAAUCAACUACCUCACCGGCGGCACGCUGACCGGGUUUGCCAUAGACUAUGUCCGUCAGAGCAGUUUCUCACUCCCUGCUGGUGCACGCCCCACGUUCCCGGACGUCCUUGUCGUGCUAACGGAUGGUUUGUCGCAAGACAACGUCGUCAGCUCAGCGGCGGCUGCAAGGAGCCAGGGUAUCACCAUCUUUGCCGUUGGUGUUGGAAGCGAGGUAGACUUCACCACACUUCUGCAGAUCUCUGGAUACCCGUCGAGGAUUCUCCAGGUCCAGGACUUUGCAACUUUGGUCACGGAGGGACGCAGGCUGCCGGAGAUCAUCUGCCAAUCGACCUAUUGUGGUGACCCCGGCACACCAGUGAACGGGUACCGCCGUGGUGGGUUCUUUAGCGACAGUGUGGUGACGUUCGGCUGUAAUGACGGCUACAUCCUGAUCGGAGAGGACACAACGACCUGCCUGGGUGAUGGUCAGUGGAGUAAUGCAGUUCCUGUCUGCCAGGAUGUGUGUGAGCCCUCCCCCUGUCUGAAUGGUGGAACGUGCCAGCCCACGGGAACCACCAGCAGGUGUCUGUGUCCUGACAGGUACAGCGGACAGUUCUGCCAGUACUACACCCCCUGCCUGAACCACACCAUUGCCCUGGACCUAAUCUUCCUGCUUGACGGCUCCGGAAGCAUCACGGCCCCCAACUUUGAACUGGUGAAAUCCUUCACCUACAGUGUCUCUCGCAACUUUGACAUCUCUCCUAACAGAACCAGAAUUGCUGUUGCUCAGUACAGUGACACCAACAGCCUAGAAUUCAACUUGAAUCGGUAUUCUAGAAAGGAUGAGGUACUGGAUGCCAUUAACGGCAUAAGCUAUCAAGGCGGCGGCACAUAUACAGGAUCAGCCUUAGAUUUCGUACGCCAAAACAUGUUGGUAGAAUCUGCCGGAGAUCGUGCCAUGUCGCCCAAUGUUCUAAUUGUGGCGACGGAUGGCGAGUCAUCUGAUGACCAGAGGACGCCAGCGGAGGUGCUGCGUAACGCGGGCACACUUGUCUACGCUGUCGGUAUCGGCACAGGCGUGAGCGCCACUACUCUACUGGACAUCUCGGGAGACAGCUCCAGGGUCCUACAGGCCACGGACUUCGCUUCCCUUGAUGCCAUUGGUCGUGAGCUUCAAGAGUUCAUCUGUGAUGCUGCCUACUGUGGUGAUCCUGGUACACCUGAGUCCGGCUCCAGGUUUGGGAACUUCUUUGAAGGCAGUGUCGUGACCUUCCAGUGUGACCCCACCUACACCCUUCUCGGGUCAACCACUACGACCUGUUUUGGAAACGGCAUCUGGUCAGACCCAGUCCCCAUCUGUGUUGCACCAGACCCUUGUGCCAACAGUCCGUGUUUGAAUGGAGGUACCUGUCAGCGGGUGGGCCUGACCACUGACUACACCUGUCUGUGUCCUGAGGGGUAUCAUGGUCCAGUCUGUGAGAAUUAUGCUGCCUGUUCGAAUCGAUCUCUCAACCUGGAUGUAGUCUUCCUCCUGGACGGUUCUGGAAGUGUGGGGUCGGCAAACUUUGACCUCCUCAAGGCCUUCACCACUCGCAUCGCUGCCAACUUUGACGUGUCAUCCAACCUGACGCGUAUUGGAGUGGUGCAGUACAGCGACCAGACGAACAACGAGUUUGUGCUUAACACGUUCUCCACUGAGGCUGAGGUGCUGGCAGCGAUUGCCGCUAUCGGUUACCAGAGUGGGUCAACUUCAACAGGCGCUGCUCUCGACCAUGUCAGGCAGAAUGUCUUCAUCUCGGCCAGCGGUGACCGUGCUGAUGCUGCUAACAUCCUGAUCGUCAUGACCGACGGCGUGUCCAGUGAUGAUGUCAGUGUGCCGGCCAUGACAGCCAGGGACGCCGGCAUCACCAUCUACUCUGUAGGCAUCGGAGAUGGAGUGGACUAUAACACCCUACGGCAGAUCGCUGGGGACCCCAACAAGGUACUACAGGCCACUGGAUUCAGCAGUCUGAACGAGAUUGGAGGCCAGCUGGAGGAGCUCAUUUGUGAUGCUACGUACUGUGGUGAUCCCGGUGCACCUGUAAGUGGUUUCCGUAAUGGGAACUUCUUUGAGGGAGGAACUGUAACCUGGGGCUGCUACAACGGCUUCAACCUUGUUGGCACCCUGACUGCUGUCUGUUUCGGCAAUGGAACUUGGAGUGAACCUGUACCAGAGUGCAUGGCCCCAACAACCCCCCCACCCCCAGGCUGUGAUGAGCUGAGUUUUGGCGGGUGGGAUCUGGUGUUCCUGCUGGAUGGCUCAGGCAGCGUGGGUUCUGUCAACUUCAUCAACGUCAAAAACUUCACCAAGCUGAUCACCGACCUCUUCCCUGUCGGGGAGAAUGCCACGAAGGUCGGCUUGGUGCAGUUCAGUGACACCAUACAGAAGGAGUUUGAUCUGAGGGACUACGAAACGAAGGAGGAGGUUCUGUCAGCCAUUGACAAUAUCUCUUACCUCGGCGGAGGGACUUACACUGGAAAUGCCAUAGACUAUGUCAGACAGGUCAGCUUCAAUACUAUUAACGGUAACCGUGGAGGCCGCCCCGACACGCUGAUCGUUCUCACGGACGGAGAGUCAUUUGACCCCGUGACCUUCGCGUCCCAGUCCGCCCGUGACCAGGGCAUCACCAUCUUCGCCAUCGGCGUCGGCAGCGGGGUGGAUUACGCCACGCUGGAGGAGAUCGCAGGAGAUCCUCAGAAGGUCCAGCAGGUCACAGACUUCGCCGACCUGACGUCCGUCAAUGUCAUCAACUACCUGGAGGAGUGGCUCUGCAGAGGUGCAUACUGUGGAGACCCAGGAGUGCCAGAGAACGGUGUGCGUCGUGGGACAUACUUCCAGGGAGGACAGGUGGACUUCGGUUGUGAUGAUGGCUACACGCUGUCUGGUUCAUCCUCCAUCACCUGUCAGCCCGACGGACAGUGGACCAACGUUGUUCCCACCUGUUUGUUUAUCGACAACUGUGACCCCAACCCGUGCCUGAACGGAGCUCAGUGUUUCCAGACGGCUGAUUCCUACCGCUGCACCUGUGCAGCAGGCUACGAGGGAACCAACUGUGAGAUCUACACUGCCUGCACCACUAAAGCCUACGAGAUUGACCUGGUCUUCCUACUGGACGGCUCUGGCAGUGUCGGAUCUUCAGACUUCGACCUGAUGAAAUCUUUCACCAACCGGAUGAUAACCAACUUCGACGCGUCACCCACGAGCACCAGGGUUGGUGUUGUCCAGUACAGCAGCCAAGGUUCUGCAGCCACGGAAUUCCGGCUUAAUUCUUACAACAAUAAGAAUGACGUCAUCGCAGCUGUCAAUGCAAUUGUCUACCAAAAUGGCAACACCUUCACUGGCGAAGCGCUCAACUACGUACGACAGAAUUCCUUUUCCGUGGCAAACGGUGGCCGUGCGGAUGCGGCGAACAUCCUCGUUGUCAUCACUGAUGGUGAGUCAGUUGACGGUGUCACCGGCCCAGCGACAGACUUGCUGAGAGAGGGAGUCACGGUGUAUGCCGUCGGCAUCGGCAGUGGCAUUCAGACCAGCACCCUGGUGGCCAUCGCACAGGAUCAGAGUCGAGUACUCCAGGCAAACAGCUUCACCAACCUGACCAACUCUGCCCAAGCUCUGCAGGAGUCACUCUGUGAUGCUAAGUACUGUGGCAGUCCAGGCACCCCUCAGGAUGGUUACACCUAUGGCCUGCUGUUCGAGGGCUCAACUGUGACCUACAGCUGUGAGGUGGGCUUUACCCUCAAUGGGGCCUCGUCUGCACAAUGCAUCAACGGAACCUGGGACAACAGCCCGCCUUCUUGUAUACCUCCAGACCCCUGUUUGGCCGACCCAUGUUACAACGGUGGGACCUGUGUCCGUACUGGACUAACAACAGACUUCACCUGUACAUGUCCGAGUGAUUACACUGGCGACACAUGUCAAUCAUAUACGGCCUGCCAAGGGAGGAGUUUAGAUUUUGACCUGGCCCUGCUACUGGACGGUUCAGGGAGUGUUGGAGCCGACAACUUCAAUCUGGUGAAGCAGUUUGCCAAGCGCUUAGUGGACAACUUUGACAUCUCCCAGACAGAUACCAAGGUUGGGGUAGUACAGUAUAGCAGCUCCAGCAAUGUGGAAUUCUACCUGAACGCCUUCUCUGCCAAACAGCCUGUCCUUGAUGCCAUUGAUGCCAUAACAUACCAACAAGGUGGUACCAACACUGGUGCUGCUAUCACCUACACUGUGCAAGAAAUCUUCGCUUCUGCUAACGGGGCUCGAGCAAACUACCCAGAUGUCCUUGUCGUUGUGACCGAUGGGGAGUCAUCGGAUGACGUGGCCGCUCCGGCGCUGACCGCGAGAAACGCGGGCACCCUGAUCUACGCGGUGGGAGUGGGGAACGGAGUGAACCAGGCAACUCUUCUGGAGAUCGCAGGGGACGCCUCGCAGGUGCUGCAGGCUGCGGACUUUGCCGGUUUGACAACCGUCGUGCAAACCCUGCAGCAGAACCUUUGUGAUGCUGCAUAUUGCGGUGACCCUGGAGCACCAGUAAAUGGCAACAGGGUUGGAAGCUACUUUGCGGGCAACGUGGUCACCUUUUCCUGCAAUCCCGGCUUCUCUGUCCAGGGGAGUGUCACGGCCACUUGUCAGAGCAGUGGACAGUGGAGUUCAGCUGUGCCCACAUGUGUUGCUAACGACCCAUGCCUGGCGACCCCGUGUCAGAACGGAGCGACAUGCGCCCAGGUGGGCAGCACCACCCAGUACACCUGUACCUGUCCUCAGGGAUACACAGGAAACAACUGUCAAGUCUUUUCAGCCUGCACUGACAGGUCCCUUGAUGUUGACCUUGUUCUCCUGUUGGACGGAUCUGGCAGUGUCGGUUCUGAGAACUUCAACCUCCUCAAGGCCUUCACACAGAACAUCGUGGGGAACUUUGACGUAGCUGUCAACAACACAAGGGUUGGAGUGGUCCAGUACAGCGACUUUAACAACAUUGAAUUCAACCUGAAUGAGUAUGCAACAGAGGCAGAAGUCCUGGCAGCCAUCGGUGCCAUUACGUACCAGCGCGGCGGAACCUUCACCGGAGCAGCCAUCGACUUUGUCCGACAGGACGUGUUCACCACCGCCGCCGGUAACCGUGCCGACAAACCGGACGUCCUCAUCGUCCUCACAGAUGGAGAGUCGUCGGAUUCCGUGGCAGGGCCGGCACAGAAUACCCUGAAUGCUGGCAUUACGAUCUACGCCGUUGGGAUUGGUAGCGGUGUGAAUGCAGACACCCUACAGGAGAUCGCGGGCGACCCCGGCAGGGUGCUGCAGGCAGCCAACUUCCAGGGCCUUGCAGACGUCACCAAUCAGCUGCAGGAGGCACUCUGUACAACUGCCUAUUGUGGAGACCCCGGCGCACCUGUCAACGGAAACCGUGCGGGGAUCUUCUUCGAGGGGGGCGUCCUGCAGUUUACGUGCGACCCUGGGUACGAGCUGGUUGGGGAGGGGUCUGCCACGUGCCAGGCUAGCGGGGAGUGGUCCAACCCUGUCCCAGCAUGUACCCCCGGGGCACCCACCGUACCCACCAGUCAGGGAUACCCACUUCUCGUCCUUGAUACCACUGCUGACACGUUUGACCAAGCUGCCUUCCGUGCUGCCAUUGCUGCGUACGCCAACACUUACUGUACCACAGCCGGGAACUGUGCUGCAGGCACGGGCCUGGACUUUACGGCUGAUGAUGUUGCAGUCCUCUCAGCAGAACCUGCCGUUGAUGGUGGCUUGACUGUGACAUUUGUGGUUCAGAAUGCCAACGGUGCCUCCAUGUUAACAGACGAUGAGCUGAGUGCCAUGCUCACACAGUAUGAAGCUGCGAUCGAGGCACAAGGGAGCUUCCAAUACUCCAUGGGUGAUCAGGCAACCACUAUCACACCCACUGUCAUAGCUGAGGGCAGGAGUGCAGGACUGGAUCAGACGGAGUUGGUCAUCAUCAUCGUGGCUUCUGUGUUUGCCUUUGUCUGUAUUGUCAUUUCAGCCUACGCCAUAUUCAGGUCUUUUGGCCAACAGUAA